AUGGCAAUUCGCCCAAAUUCUCACUGCACACCAAUCGUGAUUGAGGACGUCCCAAUCCCCGUAGCAGGACUAAGACAAAUCCUCGUCAAAGUACUUGCCGCCUCUCUAUGUGGCACUGAUCUUAGCGUGGUCGACGGUGCGUACGGCGAGCGACAGUUCCCGCUCAUCAUCGGUCACGAAGCCGUGGGCUUGGUCCACAUGCUCGGCCCUGGCGUAGAACCUUUUGGCUUCCAGGUCGGUCAGAUCAUCGGGUCAGCCCCGUAUCGCGAUAUGUGCCUGGAAUGCUAUGAGUGCCGGUACCAUGGUCCCGAGUUCUGUGCCAAGACGAAAAUGCAGGGCGUUUUUGCGCCAGGAUUCUUCGCGGAGUAUUGCAUCAUGGAUGCUGCCAGCGCGGUGGUCAUUAAGGGGUUUGAGAGCAAAGAAGAGUUGGUGCAGAGCGUCGAAAGUUUAUCGCCCAUCUUCUGCGCGGGGGUAUCAGUUUGGGAUGCAUUCGAGCGGGCGAAACUUGCCCGCGGGGAGACCCUGGCUAUCAUUGGGGUGGGCGGGGUCGGGCAAUUGGCAGUGCAGUAUGCUUCGGCAAUGGGAGUGAGGGUGAUCGCGGUGGACGUGAGAGAGGAGCAGCUGAGGGCUGUGGCGCGAUCUAAUCCUGGGAUACAGACGAUAAAUAAGACGGGAUUAGGGUUCAGAGGGGUCCAAGAGCGGAUCGAGGCCCUGAGAAAUGGGCAUUAUGGGGCAGAUGUAGUCAUCGUAUGCACUGGGGCGGCGAUAGCAUACCAGACUGCCUUUUACUGCGUUGGGGCACUAGGGAGAAUCAUGGUUUUGGGGCUUCCCAAAAAUCCAAUCCAGAUACAAGCUUUCCAUCUAUCAGCGAGGUGCUACAGGUGA